AAGAUACUGUUGCGCAGACCAUGAAGUGCGUUAAAGGCAGUGCUGCAUUUAAAGACACUUCCUUCCACCUGCUGGCUUGUGCCUGAAAUGUGAUGACCAAGGAGUCCUCAACAGCUCAUAAAGAAAGAUGGAUCGUAAUGAUGAGAGAAUCAAAAGAGCUUUAAGACGCCGCCCUUAUGUGUUGAAACCAGUGAGGGUGAACACCCCUGAUUCCGUGUUGUGGCCAACCGGCAAGGUGCACAGAAGGCCAAAGCCUUCUAAUUCAGUGCAGACCCCUCAGAUCCACAAAAGGCCUCCAAUCAUUGUGAGCUAUGGGCAGGACCAGACAUCUGGGGAUGGAUGGAGCAUCAAUCUAGAGCCUCUCAGCCAGUCUGGAAGGGUGACUCGGCUGAUAGAGAGAAAAUAUCAUGACGUGAUCUCAUCCUCCAGUUCUGAUGACUUUUCCAUCUACUCCUUCACUGACUGUGAAUCUGAGUGUGAUGAUGAGGAUCAUGAAAGGAGGACACCAAAGCUGAAAGUUGAGAAUGGAAAGGAGACAAAGCUUGAUGUGAGGGACAUGGACGAGGAUGAUGAUCUGUCUCUCCACUCCUUCGAUGAGUCAGACUUCCUGAGCCCAGGGAAGGUCUCAGGUCCUGUAUCUGUCAAGAAUGGCCUCUCUCCUCUUGUAACCUCAGCACACCGGACACUGGCUGAAGCCCUACGGGCCCUGCCCUCUGCUGUAGGCUCUCCCUACCCAGUAAAUGUUCCAAGGCCUCGGACUCCUCUCAACCCUGUCAUUAUCGCUCCGCCCCGAACAGAGAACUUCCCAUACCGCCACAGCCCUCGCCUGGCUCCCAUCACCAACCUGAGCGAGACCGGCAGGAAGCUGCUCCAGGAAAUGGCUGGAGUGACCCCACAGGUUUCUUCAGUGGCUGCUGUCCAAACUGAGAUGUUCAAAGAAAUAAUGGACAACUAUUACUUCUACCACACACACACACAGAUUUUGAGUAUUGGUUAUUCCUACAACACACACAAAUGUAAUUUCAGAGACAGGAACUAUGAUUAGCAAAAUACAUAUAUUGGUCUCAUUCUUAUAUUUUGAGACAUGCAGCAUUAUUUAAAUAAAACAUAUAUAUUGAUCCCCAUACAGCCUAUGAUAAUGAAUUGGAUUUACAUGCUUAGGCUUGGAAAUAUAGCCAGGAGAAGCAAAGGACAGCACCAACCUUAGGGCAGUGUCACUGGUAUUGGGGUCAUAGGUCUCCUUUGGCCAAAGUGAAGAGUUGAGGGCCCCUUACUGGUCUCCUUGCAAUAUCUGGUCUCCCACACAGAGAUGGAAAUCUACACCUGUUUAGACCCUGGAGGAUAUGGCUUCAGAUGAAAGACAGCAGAGAGAUGCAGAACGUAAAAGUUUCAAACACAUUGAUAUGCAAAUUCAGGACCAUUAUACACUGAAGUGGAGCAUGCAUCUGGUCUGAAGCAUGUCAAAAGAGUAGAAAUGAACUGGGACUGGAGGAAUACAUCACAUUUAAACUAAAUUAUCAUGUAUCUGAUUUAGCUACACUUAUCUGUACUUGAAUUGUGCUGUUUGAAAAGUGCAUUUCCAAUAAAGCUUUUUA